GCAAGCCUGAAGCCUGAUCACCUUAUACAUGGAAACUUUCCUGAUCAACUUCAUUUUCUUCACCGUUGCUGUCGCAUUUCUUUCAAUAUUACUGCUUCGGAAGCAAUCCAAAUCAGCAGGGGAAAAGCUACCUCCAUCACCAUGGAAGUUACCGAUAAUUGGACAUUUGCACCAUCUGACGGGGUCUCCACCGCAUCAUGCUCUCAAAAAGUUAUCUCAGAAGUAUGGUCCCCUGAUUCACUUGCAGCUGGGGGAGAUUCCUGCAAUUGUGGUAUCAUCUCCGAGAUUAGCCAAAGAGAUCAUGAGAACUCAAGAUGUCACUUUCGCUGAUCGAGCUGAACUCCUGGCUGCAAAAAUCUUGGGCUACAACUUUACAGAUAUUGUUUGUGCUCCAUAUGGCGAGUAUUGGAGACAAAUGCGCAAAAUCUGCACUUUGGAACUCCUUACAGCUAAAAAUGUCCGGUCAUAUGACUUGAUAAGGCAGGAGGAGGCUUUGAAUCUCAUCAGAUCGAUCAAAGCUCUAGCUUGCAAUUCUACACCAGUUAAUUUGACAGAGAAACUGGCACACUACACUAGUUCCAUGGUGGUCAGAGCAGCAUUUGGGAAAGUUAGCAAAGAUGAUCACCAUGCAUUCUUAAAGCUAGUCAAGGAAGCAUUGCCCCUUUGCAGUGCCUUUGAAAUUUCUGAUCUCUUUCCGUCGCUAAAGAUCCUCCAUCCUUUCUUUUCCAUGGAGAGUAGACUGAUGAAGAUCCGCCUUAAGCUCGACAGAGUGAUGGACAACAUUAUUGAUCAGUACCUCAACAAAAACUUAGCAACAUCAAAAACUUGUGACGAAGAUCUACUUGAUGUUCUACUGAGAGUCAAGAACAGCAAUGACCUUCAACUUUCAAUUACGAAGGAUAACAUCAAGGCUGUUAUGAUAGAUAUGUUCGCAGCAGGAACUGAAACUUCAUCCUCAACAGUGGGGUGGGCAAUGGCCGAGUUGAUUAGGCAUCCUGAGGUUAUGGCCAAGCUACAGAAUGAGGUAAGGAUAGCUUGCAGGGGAAAGAAAACAAUUGAAGAAGCUGACAUUCAAGAGAUGACAUACUUAAAAUCAGUUGUUAAAGAAACACUCAGGUUACACCCUCCAGUUCCUCUUUUGGUUCCAAGAGAAAGCAGGGAGGAAACUGAGAUUGAUGGUUAUAUCAUCCCAGUCAAAACCCGAGUCUUUGUUAAUGCCUGGGCGAUUGGGAGAGACCCCAAGUAUUGGGAUGAUCCUGGCAGUUUCAAACCGGAGAGAUUUGAAAACAGUGCUACAGAUUUCGCAGGAAACCAUUUUGAGCUUAUACCAUUUGGUGCUGGAAGAAGGAUGUGCGCUGGAAUGACAUUUGGCCUUGCCAAUGUUUAUCUUCCAUUAGCCUUAUUACUCAACCAUUUUGAUUGGAAACUCCCAAAUGGCCUCAGCCCGAAAGAUUUAGACAUGGGAGAGACUGUUGGCAUAACUGCAUCAAGAACAAAUCAGCUUCUUUUGAUCGUACAACAAAUUGUAUGA